AUGCAACCAAUGGCCAGCCCCAGCUCCCUCACGCCCACUUCCACUCCUAUCUUCGUUACAGUGACCAACACCGGGAUUGAGAGUUUGGUUAAACGGAUUCUGAUGACCGCAUCCACGUCUGCCUUGGGCGUGCAUGAAAGCGAGAAAAAGGGCGGAUUAGUCGGCGGACAAGAAGGUGUGAAAUCAGGCCAAGAGGAGAAUACAAAAGAGGGCGACGGCGAACAGGAACUAACUUGUAAUUGGGGAGAUGGCAAAGCACAAGCAAGUAAGGCAUUGAGAGAGAGAGAGACUGAGGUCGUCGAAACUAGCAAUCUGAACAUUGCUGCCAAGCGCGCUCACCUGCCAACCUACCGGGCCGAAGCGAGCACCUGCGCCGCCACCAACACCACGAUGCCAUUUGCUCGACCGUCUCUGGAUACACCCACACCCCACUUGUCGUCGUCUUACCUACUCCUGGUCGUCCCCAUUCUUGUUCUUGUCGCCAUUUUCUUUUCCUUUAUACGACGCUCCUUCCUGGAACCAAAUCGUUCUCCCUUGGUCCUCAAGCGCGCACCUACGCCUACCGCUCCUCCAAUCCUGUCAAAUGGUCAUGGUAGUAGUGCCUUCUCGCGAAUCGACUGCCAAAUUGGCCAUGGUAUUGCGUGUUUGCCUGAGGUCACGAUGAAAGAAACAGACUUUAGAUGGGAAAUGGAUUGGGCGAGCGAGUGGGAUGAUAGGCGACGAGGCAGGAUCGAUAUAACUGGCGCUAAAGCAGGAUCUAGCUAA